AGUGUCCCCGACUGGGCUCCCGCUGCUGGCGGCGCUGGGAGCGGGGAAGGGAGCCGUCCUCCCCCUGCCUUGAAAGUCUCUUAUUUACCACGGGCCUCCCUAGGUCCAGGGAAGGUUUCCGGAAUGUGUUUUUGAACAUCUGAAUUUCAACCAUGUCAGGCUGCUUGCAGAAUUUUCUCAAGGUGGCAAACCCUCAUCUCCAGUAUUCAAGAUUAUGGCAGCUGUUAGUCAAUAAAAGGUUUCUUGGAACCGUGCCAACAUCCAGAUCCCGCAGACGGGUUGUCAUUACAGGUAUUGGCUUAGUAACUCCUCUUGGUGUUGGAACUCAACUGGUAUGGGAUCGUCUUCUCCAGGGAGAAAGUGGAAUUGUUUCACUGAUUGGUGAAGAAUACAAGAAUAUCCCUUGUAGUGUUGCUGCUUUUGUGCCAAGAGGUAGCGGUGAAGGUCAGUUCAAUGAGAUAAACUUUGUGUCCAAGUCAGACAUCAAGGUCAUGUCUUCUCCCACCAUUAUGGCCAUAGGGGCCGCAGAGUUGGCCAUGAAGGACUCCAACUGGUAUCCUCAAUCGGAAGCAGAUCAAGCGGCUACUGGUGUUGCGAUUGGCAUGGGAAUGGUUCCUCUUGAAGUGGUUUCCGAAACUGCCUUGAUGUUUCAGACAAAAGGUUACAAUAAGAUCAGCCCCUUCUUCGUCCCUAAAAUUCUCAUCAAUAUGGCAGCAGGCCAAGUCAGCAUCCGAUACAAACUCAGGGGCCCCAAUCACGCAGUAUCCACAGCCUGCACCACCGGCGCUCAUGCUGUGGGCGAUUCAUUUAGAUUUAUAGCCCAAGGUGAUGCUGAUGUGAUGGUGGCUGGAGGCACAGACUCCUGCAUUAGUCCCUUAUCUCUUGCGGGGUUUGCUAGAGCCCGGGCGCUAAGCACAAACUCGGAUCCUAAGUUGGCGUGCAGACCCUUUCACCCCAAAAGAGAUGGUUUCGUCAUGGGAGAAGGCGCAGCUGUGCUGGUGCUGGAAGAGUAUGAACAUGCAGUUCAAAGAGGGGCUCGGAUCUAUGCGGAAGUUUUGGGUUAUGGACUUUCAGGAGAUGCUGGUCACAUAACCGCCCCUGAUCCUGAAGGAGAAGGUGCCUUAAGGUGUAUGGCUGCUGCUGUAAAAGAUGCGGGUGUGCACCCUGAAGAGAUAACCUAUGUCAACGCACACGCUACUUCCACCCCGUUGGGCGAUGCUGCUGAAAACAAAGCCAUCAAGCAUCUUUUCAAGGACCACGCACGCGCCCUCGCAGUUUCCUCAACCAAGGGAGCCACAGGACAUCUGCUGGGAGCUGCAGGGGCGGCGGAGGCAGCGUUCACUGCACUGGCUUGUUUUUAUCAAAAACUGCCACCUACCCUAAACCUGGAUUGUACAGAACCAGAAUUUGAUCUCAAUUAUAUUCCACUAAAGUCACAGGAUUGGAAAGCUGAAAAAAGAUGUAUUGGACUCACCAAUUCCUUUGGUUUUGGUGGUACUAAUGCAACACUUUGUAUUGCUGGCAUGUAGGACAAAGCAUUUGUGAUUAAACAUUUUUUUUUUAAAUGUUA